GCGGAGUGGGUAAUAUCAUUUUGUUAUCGCGGCAUCGUGCGUGCAUAAUAUUAUCGUAGAAAUUUUAAGCGGCGUAUCCUCCUCAAUUGAAUGUCGCGCGUGAAAGUUAUUUUCAAGGUCCGCAGUUGUACCUACCCAUAUUUUAAGUAGCCAGUAGUUGGGAAUUUGAAUGAUAUAACCCGAAGCGACGAUCGGGCCAUGGCACAUUCGUUUGUGGACGGUGUGCGGUGGUGCUUCCGGUCUGCCGCAAUUUUCCCGUCAUAAAUUUACAAACCGAAUUCGUCGAGAUAUUUCUUCUCUCUCUGCCGUAAUCCGAGUGAAAGUGUACGUCGUAUUGUUAAUAAUUUCCAGUAAUAUCCAUACAGACCAUGGCUUUGGCGUCUGAAACUAAAGAAGUGAUCGUGUUGAAGCAGACGCAGGAAAAAGAUUUAACCUAUGUGAUGAAAUCUUUGUUUGCGGGUGGUGUUGCUGGUAUGUGUUCAAAAACUGCUGUUGCUCCUUUGGACCGAAUAAAAAUACUGUUACAAGCCCAUAACAAGCAUUAUGCAAAUUUCGGAGUAUUUAGUGGUCUUGCUGAAAUUGUUAAACGUGAGAGUUUUAUAGCAUUAUAUAAGGGCAAUGGUGCUCAAAUGGUGAGAGUUUUCCCAUAUGCUGCUAUUCAAUUCACUUCAUUUGAAUUCUACAAAACACUACUAGGAUCCAUUCUUGGGAAUGGUUCACAUAUUGGAAAGUUUGUGGCUGGUUCAUCAGCUGGAGUUACAGCAGUUACCAUCACAUAUCCUCUAGAUACAAUUAGAGCACGAUUAGCAUUUCAAGUAACUGGUGAACAUGUUUACAAUGGGAUUGUACAUACAGCUAAAUCCAUUAUCCAAAAUGAAGGAGGAGUAAAAGCUCUAUAUCGUGGUUUUGUUCCUACAUUAUGUGGUAUGGUCCCAUAUGCAGGUUUAACAUUCUUCUGUUUUGAAACUAUUAAAAAAUUUUGUUUGAAAACAUUACCAAAUUGGUUUAGUAAACCAUCUGACAAAGAUUCUGGUGGUGCUGUGCUUACUAUACCAGCAAAAUUACUAUGUGGUGGUUUAUCUGGUGCACUUGCGCAGUGCGUUUCUUAUCCAUUGGAUGUAACAAGAAGAAGAAUGCAAUUAUCAAGCAUGGAUAACAAUGCAAAAUAUGGACAUGGUAUGAUCAAGACCUUAGUAACAGUUUAUCGUACUGACGGUGUUACAAACGGAUUAUAUCGAGGCAUGAGUAUCAAUUUUAUUAGAGCUGUACCUAUGGUUGCUGUGUCAUUUUCCACUUAUGAAUUAAUGAAACAGACUCUGCACUUAGAUACUGGAGUUGAUUCCUGAAUACAUUUUUAGCGACCAAUGAAUCUGUUUAGACCUAGAUUUUUUUAUUAGAUUACAAUAUUUAUUGUUUUAAAAUAUAGUUAUUAUUUUUUUUUUUAAUUUAUUUAUUGUUGAAAUUAAAAUAAAUUAUUUUUUCAGAA